AUGGACCGCCCGGAAGUGGCAGUUCCAAGCCCGCGACGAGCAGGUCGGCUUUGUCGGGACCGAAUUCAGGAGAUCAGGCUGUUGGGUCGACAUCGUCAAUGGCAGGAGGUGUUGCGAUUGCUGCGAGACACCAAGGGGCCAGCGCUUGGGCCCAAAGUUCUCAGCGCCGCCAUCUCCGCACUUCGCCUGGCCUCGCAAUGGCUCAGUGCCCUCACACUCCUCCACGAAGCUUGGAGGCGGCGCGAGUCUCUCGAUGUCGUGGUCGUCUCGUCUGCCCUUUCCGCAGCCGAGCGCGGCGGAGCCUGGCAGGUGGCGCUUUCCCUGCUGGAGACUAUGGAGGACUGGAGAAUACGCCCUGAUGUCAUCGUCUGCAAUGCAGCCAUGACUGCUUGCGGCGCAAGCAGCUGGAAUUUGGUACUACAGCUUCUCGACUCCUUCCCAUCGAGGAGGCUGACACCUGAUGUGAUCUCUUUCUCCACGGCCGCCAGCGCCUGCCGCGCGCAGUGGCAGGAGGUGCUGAGUUGCCUACAUCGUGCACUGGAGCAGUCAUUGGCUCCCGACGCGGCUCUUUGGAGUGCCGUGGUUUCUUCGUGCGGUGAUGCGGGCGAGUGGCAGAGGGCCUUGGUGCUCCUCACGACUGCGCAGCACGUCGACGCUGGUCUCUAUGCGGCUGCAAUUGGCGCCUGCCAGAUCGGAGCUCAGUGGCAGCUCGCGCUGCACUUCUUGGGAGAAAUGCGGCUGGCAGGUGUUUGUGACGAGCCGGGCCUGAGGACGCGGACCAAAGAUGUCCAAGUCAGUGACCGGCUGGUGGCUUUCGGUGCGGCAAUGAGUGCUGCGGAACGGCGCAACUGGUUGUGGGCACUGCGCCUGGCUGAAAACCUGGGUCAGGAGGGCCUACGUCACAACAUCAUCACGCGGAGCGUAGCAGUCAGUGCCUGGGGCCGCGGGUAUCGCUGGCAGCAGGCUCAGGCCUUGCUGCAUAGCAUCGACCGCGAGUCGGUGCAGGCCAAUGUUUUCACCUUCACUGCCACCAGCUCAGCAGCCGAAAAGGCGCAGCGGUGGCGGACGGCUGCAGAGCUGCUGUGUGUUAUGGGCUGCCAGAGUGUCCAGCCCAACGUGCAGGCGUUCAGCGCCCUUUGCAGCGCCUGGGCCGAAAAUGGAUCCUGGUGCCAAGCCGCGGCGCUCGUGCAGGUGAUGCAGACAGCAGGGCCGCUGCCGAACCAAUUCACAUUCAACGGCCUGGCACGCGCAUGCCAACGGGGCGACAGCUGGACCCAUGCGCUACGGCUUUUCGCCAUGCUGGACGAGGGAAGAGGACUUCAGCCAGAUCUCCUGACCUUGGAUGCGACCAUCAAGGUCUUCGAGACUGGAGGUCAAUUGCGGCUCCUCCCACCUCUUGCCCAUUCACUUCAGUUUGUGAGAACGGCAGACGGCAAUCAGGAAGCUUUGGUUCUCGAGCUCUUGGGCCACGCUCUCUUGGCAUCGCAGGCGGCAGCCUUUGCCCGGCGUCGUGUAAAGCCCGCACUGCGCAGGCUACAAGGUUGGCUGCAGCCCAGCGACCAAGAUUCUGUCCUCGCCGCGCAGUUCAGCCUUGGAGAACUGCACACGGCUCACGUGUUGAGGAGAACUUCCCUGUCGUUCCGAUCUGCCUCGUCACGUGCUUGGCUGCCAAGCGCCCGUCGUGCUGCGCGAGCCAGUGGCAGAAGCUCCCCCUCUGAGCCCAUGGCCAAGGAACUGCCGGCAUCCAUGGCGAUACGCUCCGGGAAACAAGCCGUGCGAUGCCGUCCCUUUGGCCACGGUGGGAGCAGGCGCUACGAAGACAUGAAGCUGCUGAUGCAAGUCUACGUAGAGCACGAUCGCCUCUGGCAUUCUGAACGACAUGCUUUGCUGUCGCUGCUGAGCCAGCUCCUGACAAGGACAGCUCAUCUCCCCAGCACCUGA